GAAUUGAACGGGCAUUAUUCAUCCGUACCAAGACUUUUUUAUAUUGAGGCGUUUGUAUGACUACGUUUGUGCGUUUGUAUGGAGUCGCGCAGCCACAUAUCCAUCUCAUCCACUUAUCAAAUCUUUCAUCGAGAAAUAAUAGUAAGGUUAUUAUUGUCGAUCCAGGGAACAAACGAACAAAACGAUCCGAGCAGUUUAUUAUUAGUGACAACCUCAUCUUGUCUCUUUCUUCACCGAUUAUCGACUAUCGAGUAUAUCUUCAUAAAUAUAUCUUCCUUUCCUUCUCCCCGUCGACAAUGUCAUCAAAUCUUAUAGACAUUCAGUCGGAUGAUCAUUUCCCUUCCUCUACCUUUUACUUCAUUACAUGUCACUCCUUGCCAAUUUCCUUGGUACCUUUUAGAAUCUCUAUCUCUCUUACCUCGACUUCAACCUUUCGCUUUCCAUCAAAAAAUCAUCUAAAAGCUUCACAUCAAAAAUCUUAAACUCCACAGAUAUAAACUUCGGUUCCGAGGUUCCUUCGCAACCACUCCAAGAAUCCCGGUGACAUUCAAAUUCUAUUAUUUGCCAAGCAAAUUCAAUCGUCUUCUAUAAUCACAGCAGUGACAUUCUCUUCUGCUUUCUCUCAUUGAUUUUCAUUAAAAAAAUUGAACACCGCAGCCCUUGGUUCAUUCCCCAAAACCCCUCGUCUCCACAACGCGACAUCCUCCACAUAUCAUAGCCUAGGCUAUGCGCCAAACCUUCGCAUUCACAACCGCAGCUAUGGCAGCAGCUUUAGAAGAUACUCCUGUUUCCUAUGAGGAUUUGGCAGAGAUUGAGAGGGAAUUUGAUGAUGUUGAAACCGAAAUUAGUAUGUGAUACUGUCUUUUUCUCUUCUAUGACGUUGGAGGUAUGAUUAUUUGCUUGUGUUGGAGGGGUUAAAUGCGCCACGACUUUUCUGUAAUCAUAUCAGAUCAGAUCGAUCUUUCGUACGACAUUCUUUGGAUGUACAUGUAUACAUUGAUUUCAUGCCUGGUACAUUUUUACCAUCUGCGAAUAUUCUAUUCACAGUUUGAUGCGGAUCAGCACCAUUCAACUAACUCUUUACCAGUUCGUCAACAAGUAUCCCUUACGCAACCUCUUUACAUUCGUCGCAAUAAAACUAUUUCACAAAUUCCAAAUUUUUGGGCUCUUGUACUCGAACAAGCUCCUCCUGAUAUAGAUCAAUAUAUUCAACCAUCCGAUUCCGCACUUUUACUCUCAUCACUCACUUCUCUUCACGUAUCACAUUUCGAACUAGAAGAUUCAACAACUGCGACUGGAGGGGAUCCAAGAUCUGUAUCAAUUAUAUGGACAUUCUCUUCCAACGAAUAUUUCGAAGAUGAAAAAUUGGUCAAGAAGUUUUGGUAUAGAAAGAGUCUUGGUGGAUGGGGUGGAUUGGUUAGUGAACCUGUUAGAAUUCAUUGGAAAAAGGGAAAGGAUUUAACAGGAGGUUUACUGGAUAUGGUUUGUGAUACUUGGGAUGAGGAACAGAAGAAUAAACCCAGCGGAGGAGACGAUGAAAAGAAAGCAAAGAAUAUGACACCGCAACAAAACGCUCUCGAAAAGAAAAUGGCAAAUACAAGUAUGGGAGGUUUAAGUUUCUUCGCAUGGUUUGGAUUUAUCGGUCGAAAAAUCAGUGAGGAAGAAAGUAAAGAAGCAAAUGCUAGAGAAUUAACAGAGAGAGAAGCCAGGAAGAAAGGGAAGAAAGUUACAGAACCAGAAGAUGAUGAGGAUGAAGAUGAUGAAGAGUUAGGAAUGAGUUUAGAAAUUUUCCCUGAUGGAGAUGAUCUUGCCAUUGCUAUUACGGAAGAUUUAUGGCCUGGUGCUAUCAAAUAUUUUAGUUAGUCUACCCUUUCAUCUCCCUAGCAAUUCCAUCCCCUUCAACAACCAGUAUUUGGAAAUUUUACUAACAAAUAUGAAAUAGCUGCAGCACAAGAACAGGACGCACUAUCAGAUGCGGAUUUUGAAUCAGAUGAUGAUGACGAUGAAUUAAAUGACGCAGAGAGACCAAUCAAGAAACAAAGAUCUUCUUAAGUUCUUAUAGAUCAUGUUGGGGUUUCGUAGAAGGGAUUUGGUCGUUGUAGAAGAGUGGGUAAGGCUGGGUAAGGUUGGGUAUUUUGAUGAUUAUAAAUAAGGAUAUAAAAAUUUCCUUUCUUUUAUAUCUAGGUUGGGUGGAUGGAUGAAUGAAUGAAUGGACGGAUGGAUGGACGGAUGGAUGUUGAAUGGCGGAGUUUACUUUGGAAUCUAAAUCUAAUAGGAUGGAAUAAAUUGGAUUGGAUUAAUGUUCAUGGUAAGAUAGCUAGAAUAUCAACAAUCACGAAUGGAUUGAGAGUUGGAGUUAGAUUUGGAUUUGGAUUUAGAGUAGUUUAUUUAAAUGAGAGGUUGGUGGGCUGGUAGAUGAGCUGAUAGGUGGUUUGGUUAUAAAUAAAGAGAGAUUAUAAAAAUAAAAAGUUUUAUAUUUU